UGGGCGUACAGACUUUUCAUGGGAAGGAAUCAAUGUAAGUCUUUGUGAUUAUCAUUCCUCCACCUGUUUUAUUUUUUCCACCCUCACCUUAAGUAACCUACAUCUUAUCCCUCACGCUCCCCUUUCCUCAUCUAUAUCUGUCGUUUGCUCUCUCUCUUCCUCUCUCGGUGCUGUAUUGGUGUACUGUAGUGUUCAGUACAGUCAGUCAGUGUGUGCACUUACCCCGUGCCUUUACUUCUCGCCCAGUGCUGUAGCCACACUUAUCAUAGAGCCACUUCGAAAGCUCGGAAGAGGCGGACUGUUCACGAUGCCGAUGGACAUGUCGCACUUUCUAGGCGCCUCUGUCUUGGAGCUCUGUUCUCGUGUCCUCCUGUCCAUUCAGGGUUUUCUAUGUGAAUGUGCUGUAUUAAAUCAUCCUCUUUCUCUCUCCCCCACUCACCUUUUCACUGUUGUUUUGUUUAUUCUCCUCAUCACAUGGAAAACACCUCAUUUUUCCCGACACCUCACCCCCCGCCCCCACCCCCCGACCCCCCACCUUGUCUUCCUCACAAAUGAAACCCUUCUCGUCUCAUGCGGGGUAUGGUGCAUCCCCACCCACCACCCAAACCCCUGUUUUUCUCUCUCUCUCUGCAUUUGUAUCCUUUAUCCAUCUAUAUAAUCCUCACUCCUUUCAGCUUUCUAUGGAAGACACCACCUCCAUCCUUCCUCGCCUGAAGAGAAACUCCAACGCAUAUGGGAUCGGAGCUCUGGCUAAGUCCUCUCUGACAGGUGUGUCAGGUGUGACACGCUCCAUGAAGGACAAAGUGACGAAGCCCACUGCGAUGGCCCAGGGCCGCGUGGCCCACAUGAUCGAGUGGCAGAGCUGGGGAAUGCAGACCGUGGGUGCAGGAGGCAGCGCUGGCCGCAACAACCUGCACCGCGAGAGGGAGCGCAAGCUGGAAAACGACGCCUACAGCGACCUGAGCGAUGGCGAGAAGGAGGCUCGCUUCGCGGCCGGAGUGAUGCAGCAGUUUGCAAUCUCAGAAGCGACGUUGUUAGCCUGGUCCUCCAUGGAUGGGGAGAGCUUAAGUGCUGGAUCCAACCAGGGCAGCGUGGCCCACCUCAGCGAGGUCAACCAGGAGAGUAUCACCAGCCGAGACCAGAUAUUGCACCACUCCUCCGCCGAAGUCUGGCCGCACACGUACGUCUCCCAAGGCCUCUACUGUCUCUCCUCCUCUGAUGCCUGGGAGCCAAUCAGCAACGAGCCCUCGGGCGUGGCCUCUCCGGCCGCCGGUUCCUACGUCAUGGCGAGCGGACCCGAAGGGUACGAGGGCAGCGCGGCGCAUUACCUGACGCAGCAACAGCAGCAGCAGCAGCAGUUCAACUUGCAACAGAGUCAAUUACAGCAAAUACAGCAGCUGCAACAAAUACAGCACUACCAGCAACAGCAGCUACUACAGUAUCAGCAGCAACAGUCCCUGGAACACAGGCUACACAGUGCUACUCACUCCCUGCAAGCCACUCCCAACAGCACCAUCCACAGCCUGGCGCCCCCCUCCCACACACCACUCGUAGACUUGUGGGGGGCCGGACACGUGGAAUCGUACCAGGCGGAAGUGGGCGGCUACGUGGGGGUGUCGGCGGCGGAAGGGGCCGUGGCUACGGCUGGCGCGGACGAGGCGGGGACGGAGAACGCGCCCCUCCUGGAGCAGCAAGAGGAGGAGGAGGUCAAGGAAGAAGAAGUGACGUUACGUAUGGAGCCCGAAGGCGUGACCUUGACCCCGGCCGCACCGAGAGAAGAGGUCUCCAGCGGUGGGGGAAGCAGUCCGGGACAAGCGCCCGGGGAGCCAGUCGUCGAGCGGAAGCCUUCUGAUGUCACUUCUUGUGUCGGUCAGCCCCUGGAGGAAUUGGAUGAAGAGGCAGCGGAGGGAUCAGCUGUUACCGCGGCAACAAAUUGAGCGGUAACGGCGAGCGUCUGUGACAGAAUUAUUUUAGCGACUAUUUUAAAUGGGGAAUUGAAAAAGGACAAGGGAUGCAAAGGAGCAAAUGAACGAAGGACAAGAUUUUCUCGGAAGUCCAAAUUUCACCGGAGAGAGAGAGAUCGCAGGUGGGAUAUGCGACAAGAAAAGGAAGUUGUGAGAAGAGCGGAGAGAGCGACGGGGAGCCACUGAAUCAGGGAAAAGAUAGCAAUAGAGAAAGAAUCCAGAAACCAAAAGACACGGAGAGACACGUGCAUGCUUUUAACGUGAUGAA